AUGGUAAAAGACGACACGGAGAAACUAGACAGAUGGGCAUGGGUUGUCUUAGCAGCUUCCUUUUUUUCCAUAUUGGUGAACGGAUCUCUAUAUUUCUGUGUAGGUGUAAUACAUACUGCGUUAUUGGAUGCCUAUCCAGAUAAGGAUGAAACCCUGAUAACAUGGAUUGGAUCAGUAUUUUCCAGUGUGUCAGUGUUUGGCGCUAUAUUUGGCAGUGUGAUUAUCAACCUCUUCAAUGUAAGAACGUGCGUUAUACUUGGUGCAGUUCUGAAUCUGACAGGAUUCGUUCUGAGUAGUUUGGUGACUGAAGCAUGGAUGUUAAUCAUAACAUAUGGCAUCAUCGCAGGAAUUGGUCAGUCCAUUACGUUGAUGUCUUCUAUGGUUAUUUUGGGGUAUUAUUUUAAAGAAAAGACAAGCAUGGCAACUGGUAUAGCGACCAGUGCUUCUGGAUUGGCACUGUUUAUCUUCCCAGUUUUGACACAAUAUCUCUUGGAGGAGUAUGGAAUACGGGGAACAUUUCUAAUGUUUGGCGCCAUAGGAUUCCAAGCUGCAGUUGGUGGUUCGCUAAUGAGACCAACAAAAUUUGACCAAACUUCGAUGGGAUUCAGUUGCUGCAGAAAAGGCAACCAUGAAGUUGAGAGGAAAGCCAUCCGGAAUGAAAGUCAGCCAUUAUUAAAAUCAGUUGGACUUUGGUGCCUUCUUAUCAAUUCCUGGUUUCUUGGAGCUUCAUUAUCAAUCAUAUUUCUGUUUUUACCCGAAUUUAAUAUUUACAUGGGUUCUACACAUGGUGAAGCAGCGUUUAUUAUGUCAGUGGUAGGAAUUACAGGAAUAUUAUCAAGAAUAUUCCUGGGAUUCAUAGGAACAAUCUUAGACCCAGCAUUGGUGCUCUUUGGACUAUUUGGAACUAUAGGUACAAUGACGUUUUUUAUUGGUGAAAUGAAAAGCUUGGCUGUUAAAAUUAUGUAUGCGGCUGUGUUAGGAUUUUAUACGGGUGGAACAUGGUCGUUACAACAUACAUUAGUGGUAGAAAUUGCCGGUUUACAUAGAUUGUCAACAGUAUACGGUGUGACCAUGGUCUGUGCUGGAUUCGGUUAUAUGUCUGGACCUCCCUUUACCGGUAUGUUUUUACAUUGA